AUGAGCCCAAUAGGCUCCGACGACACCUCACAACGGCCAAGCCCUGCGCACGACGUGCACGAGACCGACGUCCAAGGGCUGAACGUGGCAGCAGACCCGUUCGAGUUGUUCGAGGGGACGCGCUUCGACUCGGGCGCGUCCGACCCCCAUGCAAGGGGCAGUCGGGGCUCCAGCGAGAGCUCCGAGCGCCUUUACAGACUCGAAGGACUGCUCGAGGGGAUGGCCAAGCAGCAGGCCCAGUUCAUGGCCAAUCAAGUGAAACUGCAGGAGCGGCUGCAGCGUCGCAGCGAGCCGUCGAACACGACGCCGUACGAGAACCUGUACGGCGCGUCGAGCGCGUUCACGGACUUUAUCAAGGCCAGAGACCGAAGAAUGAGAGCGACGAAUGUGCAGCAGCCGCAGCAGGCGCCGCAGCAGCAGCCGUACGUGCCGUCGCCCUCGCCGGAGCAGUUCGUGCCGCCGCCGAACUUCGGCAUCAAGAUCCCGAAGCCGCGGGACCUGGACUGGCCCGGAUUUGGGAAGUUCUCGGGUAAGGAAGUCUACCCGGGACUGGGGGCGGACUUCAAGUCGUGGGGACUGAGGUUCCUGCAGCGACUGAAAUGA